AUGGAAAUCUCCACUCUCGCAACGUACCAUUGCCUUGCUUUUGUCUGGUAUUUUUUUGUCGCCUAUUCAAUCUUGCAUAUAAGAACAGAAGAGCGGCCAUCUGAAGUGUUCCUUUACGGUGGGCAGUGGAAAUAUUUGACAGUCCUCAAUCUGGUUUUGCAGGCUGUCUUCUAUGGGGUGUCCUUCCUGGCUGAUGUGUUGAGACUAAUUAAAAAACUGCGAUGUGCUAAGUGCAUGAUUUCCAGCAGAGACCUUCUUUUCAGUGUCCUGGCUUUCCCAGUGUCCACAUUUGUGUCUAUAUCCUUUUGGACACUGUAUACCUACAAUCGAGAGCUGGUUUACCCCAAAAGCCUUGAUGGAAUCAUCCCAGUCUGGUUAAAUCACGCAAUGCACACAGCUGUAUUGCCAUUUGCCGUCCUGGAAAUCCUUGCCACACCGCACCGUUACCCAGCAAAGAAGAAGGGACUGAUCCUAUUAGGAUUUGUCACUUUUCUGUAUAUCAGUUGGGUCCUGUGGAUUUAUUCUGUAACAGGAGAGUGGGUAUACCGUCUCUUUGCUUUGUUCAGCCCAGCUGGGCUAGCAGCCUUUUUCGCCGGUAGCCUUGCCGUCAUUGUCUCUUUCUACAACUUCGGGGAGUUCCUCAACCGUAUGAUAUGGGGAGAUUCAAUAGUAAUACUGGACUACAGGCGGAAAGGCAAGUGA